CAAUUGAAUUUCCAAGGUCUAUUUCAAUUUCAGGCUUACAUUUCAAACAUGAACGUCCGUAGUUUUCCCAGAAAGAUACUUAUCAGCAAGAACCCACUAGAGAAACGGGUCAAGUCGAACUUCUUUGGUUGAAAUUAUGCGUCUGAAUCUUGACUUUAAUUCCCAUUUCCAUGAUCACUUAACUGGAAAAACGCGGGAAAUUGUUUCUAUUCACUUGACUUCACUUCUCUUCAAUGAUAAUCCACAUUCGGUGAUUCGCACCCAUUAACACAGUUAUCGCAAUAACAUUCCACUUCUCUUUUUCUCUUUGCUUAUUCAUUCAGCACACUCAUACUUCCAUUUGGGAUUUUUUUUUUUUCCUUCUCUCCUUGUUUUUUAGCAGCCUCUUAUACAAAUGGAACCAAGAUUAGGGUUCCCACUUCUCUUCUUGUUGUUAAUCUCCCUCUCUUUCAAUGCUGAAUCGAAGUGUAAGAAAGGAUGUGACCUAGCUCUAGCCUCCUACUAUGUUUGGGUCGGUUUUUCAAAUCUUACGACCCUUUCGCAGAUUAUGCAAUCCCCAAUUCUUCAAAAUCCUGAAGAUAUCGUUAGGUAUAACGCAGGUCAAGUAUCUAGCAAAGAUUAUGUCCAAACCACCACUCGAGUGAACGUUCCGUUCCCUUGCGAUUGCAUCGAUGGUGAAUAUUUAGGUUACGUGUUCAAGUACCCGAUUCAGAGAGGGGACUCCUAUGUGAAGGUUGCGAAUCAGAGCUAUUCCAAUCUGACCACCGCGUCGUGGUUGCAGAGCUUGAAUAGCUAUCCGCCGAAUAAUAUUCCUAAUUCUGGAAUGAUGAAUGUGACGGUGAACUGUUCGUGUGGGGAUAGGCAGGUUUCGAAGGAGUACGGUUUGUUCAUGACGUACCCGCUUAGAGCUGAGGAUUCUUUGGAUUCCAUUGCGAACCAGACGAAGCUUGAUCGGGUGUUGCUGCAGAGAUAUAAUCCUGGUGUUAAUUUCAGCAGAGGGAGCGGCCUGGUAUAUAUCCCAGGAACAGACCUGAAUGGUGCCUAUGUGCCUCUGCCCCUAAGCCCGAAAGGUCUAAAAGGUGGGGCUGUUGCUGGAGUAUCUGCUGGAGCAGUUAUUGGGGUUGUGCUAUUGACAGUCUGUUCGUGUCUUGUGUAUUACCAAAGGAAGAACGAGGAGGAGGAAAAGCUGCUUUCAAAAUUAGUACUAAACUCUGCUCAACCAGAUUCCAAUGGUCCUCCUGAUACUAGUUUCAAAGGUAUUACUGUGGACAAAUCAGUGGAGUUCUCAUAUGGAGAACUAGCUCAAGCCACAAAUAACUUCAGUAUGGCAAAUAAAAUUGGCCAAGGUGGUUUUGGGGCUGUCUACUAUGCAGCGUUGAGAGGCGAGAAAGCUGCAGUAAAGAAGAUGGAGUCGCAAAAGUCACGAGAGUUUCUUGCUGAAUUGAAAGUGUUAGCACGUGUUCAUCACCUAAACCUGGUACGCUUGAUUGGAUAUUGUGUUAAGAAGGAUUAUCUAUUCCUGGUAUAUGAAUACAUUGACAAUGGAAACUUAAGCCAACACCUGCGAGGUUCAGGCAGAGAACCCUUGUCAUGGUCUACAAGGGUGCAGAUUGCUUUGGAUUCCGCCAGAGGUCUUGAAUACAUUCACGAGCAUACUGUGCCUGUUUAUAUUCAUCGUGACAUAAAGUCUGCUAAUAUAUUGAUAGACAGAAUCUUCCGUGCGAAGGUUGCAGAUUUUGGGCUAACCAAGCUCACUGAAGUUGGAAGUUCAGCACUUCCUACUGACAAUCUUGCUGGCACAUUUGGUUAUAUGCCACCUGAAUAUGCAUAUGGUAGUGUUUCGCCAAAAAUUGAUGUCUUCGCUUUCGGAGUAGUGCUCUGUGAACUCAUUUCUGCUAAAGAAGCCUUGUGCAGGGACGGUGAAGCUGGUUCUGAAACAACAAAAGGCCUCGUCUCUUUGUUUGAUGAAGCUUUUGAGCAGCCUAAUCCUAAAGAACAUCUUCAAAAGCUUGUUGACCCUAGGCUUGGAGACCAAUACGCAAUCGAUGCAGUUUACAAGAUGGCACAGCUGGCUAAGGUGUGCACAGAUGGAGAACCGGAGCGACGUCCAAGUAUGAGAUCUGUUGUAGUGGCUCUAAUGACACUUUCUUCUUCUACUUCUGUGGAAUGGGAUAUUACCUCCUUGUAUGAAAAUCCAACAUUCACAAACAUGUCCGCAAGGUAGAUUUAGAAAAUAUAUGUCCAUGAUAUUUAAAUUAAGUGACACAAAUGUUAUUUUGAAUACCACUUUACAUCCAAAAUAAUAAUGAUGAUAAUUUUUUCAUCA